UUUCAUAUAGGGAGAAUUUUAGGACAAAAUUUUCACAAUUUUUGUAAGUCUAUGUUAUUAUUACCUAUGUUAGAGGAGCUAAAGCGUUGGUACCGAAUUGUACUUGUCAAGAUUUCUCAAGAUCUGACUGAAGAGGAAAGGGAAGAACUCUUGUUUUACUGUAAAGACCACAUUCAGAAGGGCUUGUCGAGUAAUUUCUCCGUUGGCGUUCAAAUUUUUGAUCGCUUGGAAAAAGCAAACGUAAUUUCCUGGGAGAAACUUGACUUCCUGACCGAGUUCCUUGGCGCAAUAAACAGGCAAGAUCUUGUAACUAAGCUGACUGCAUUUGAGUUGACAAGAGAACUGAUGAUCCACGUUUUGAAAAGGCAGGAUUCUCAACCACCCAUGACUUCGUCGACCGCCAGUGUGGGACUCCAUUUAGCGGAAAUGGUGAACCAUGUCCAAGAUGGAGUUUAUUUACCGGCCCAAGGAGCGAUCAAGGCUAUCCUUAAAUCCCAACAGAGAGCUUCUAACGUUUUGGACGUCAUCCGCCGGAAAGCAUUGCCUAAAGCCAAAGAAACCGAGCCGAACACCUUCGCGUUGCUCGUCGCCAUUGCAGCCGAAAUUGUCUUGCUGGUGUUUGAUGAGAACCAAAAACAAGAGAAGUAUGCAUUGGACGUCGCCAUCGAGCUGGCUGACCACUUAGAGAAGAAGGUAGCCAACUAUGGCAAUUGGAAAGAAUUUUGCCGAUUUGUUGGAGAACGACAUAAUGGUUAUUUCUGUGAGCCUGUCGCUGAGCCAGCACCUGACUCGUCAUGGCAGUCGGUGUUGACCGACCUGGUAGGAAAGAUGAAGGAGGUUUUCUUUAGUUACUAAAAAGCGUAGAAACCCAUAACCGAUAGGUAGAUUCUUUGAUUUGAUUACGUGGUAUAACUGGGUAAGAUUUCGAUUAUAGUGUAAUCAAGUAAGUCAGGGGCAAAAGAUGGAAAAAUUUAAUUAGAAUUUAAAAUUUGAUAUUUGAAUCUAAGCAAAGCACACUCAUUGCGAGAAGAUGCUGUUUAUAGAGAUUUUCUUGUUUUCUCAAAAUUUAAAGCGUGGUUAAUUUUUAAAAAUUUUUAUCCAGGGUAACUUGAGAAUUUAUCGCUUAUUAAGUGGCUGAGAGCCUAUUUCAUAGAAAGUUACAUUAUGAGGUAAAUUGUUUCAGACUCAAUAGGUAACCUGAAGAGGUCAGUGGAGAUAUCUCACGAUAGUGUUGAAAAGUAUUUUCUUAUUCAGAGGUUCAGUUAGCUUGAAUAAUAGCAAGCAACUUUCAUUGCUCUCAUUUGAAUUCAUAACUGAUAUUAUGAAUCAUUUUGUAUACAAUAUGUAUCGUUUAUGCCAACCAGAAAACAUGGUUGCAAUUUAAGGCAGAUGCCUUUAAAACUGAAUUAAUGGUCUAUGGUAAUGUUACAGAAAUUGAUCAUUAAGUUCGUGAUGUUUGACUAAAUUUCCAGUGGGGAAAACAGUCGUUUCACAUACCUGAAAAGGUAAAUUUUUCGGAACAAAAGAAGGAAAUGUUCCUUUCGUCAAGAGAUGUGGUUCUUAAGAUGAGCUCAAAUCUCGGACACGUCGCUGCUAUUACACUCCCAUUGUUGUAGCUUUGAGAGCUACUUGGUGGAUUGUAAAGAUGAGCUCAAAUCUCGGAGAAUUGAGAAUUUAUCGAUCACACUGAGCCUACUUCUAGUUAUGAGAAAUAUAAAUUUAAUGCAAAUUUACUGAAAUCAUGUCACGAGAUUCGCUCAACGUUCAUUGUUUAUUAAGUGGUUGAGAGCCUAUUUUAAAAAGUUACACUAUAAUGUAAACUGUUUCAGACUCAAUAGAUAACCUAAAGAGGUCAGUGGAGAUAUCUCACAAUAGUGAUUGAAAAGUAUUUUCUUAUUCAGAGGUUCAGUUAGCUUGAAUAAUAACAAGCAACUUUCAAAGCUCUCGUUUGAAUUCAUAAGUGAUAUAAUGAAUCACUUUGAAGAUGAUAUGUAUCUUUUAUGCGAACCAGAAAACAUGGUUGCAAUUUAAGGCAGAUGCCUCUAAAACUGAAUCAAUGGUCUACUGUAAUGUUACAGAGAUAGAUCAUUACGUUCAUGAUGUUCGACUAAAUUUCCAGUGGGGAAAACAGUCGUGUCACAUACCUGAAAAGGUAAAUUUUGCGGAACAAAAGAAGGAAAUGUUCCUUUCGUCAAGAGAUGUGGUUCUUGAGAUGAGCUCAAAUCUCAAAUCUCAAAUCUCAAAGCUCAAUUCUCGGACACGUUGCUGCCUUGGUGGGUUGUAACGUCUGUAAUCAAGUGCUGUGUUUUGCCUCGUACUGAUUACAUUUCAAACCUGUGUGAUCCAUAGGCCAUUUGGCUAUGUGUCACAUGGUAACUAAGUGCACAGUGACGGUUAAUGAGGAUUUGUUACUGUGGAAGAUGAAUAUGGCUGCUCAUUUGUGUUGAAAAACGGCUCAUAUUUUCACAUUUGAGCUGACGUCUGCUCAAAAUUUGGCUGACGUCUCUUUUACAAUGAAUUCGUACUAGGAUUCAUUCAAUGUUUCAGUGUUUCAGUGGUACAAUUCGGAAAAGGUCAACUGACCUCAAAAUACCAAGAAGCAAAAGCCUUUCAAAGUGCCUUAAGGCUCGUUAAUUGAAUACUGAUGAAGUAUUACGAUUUUAAAGAGAAGUGUAGCGAUUUAUUGAAAUAGCUUCUGCUUUUUUAUCAUUGGUAGAUAUGAAAGUUCCUAAUGACUUGGUCAUAAUAGCCGUUUAGCAGUUAUAUGAUAUAUGAGUGAUGGAAUAUGCCUAGCCUUGGAUGAGAAAGUUAUCGUAGAUUGUUAAGUAGGAAACUGGUACUCAAGUACAAAAACUUGAUUAUGUUUUUUGAUUUAUGAAUGGUUUAAUGUAUGAUAGAUGCUCUCUUUGGUAAUGUAGUUAUUUUUAAUGUUGUAAGUUGACAAUUGGCCUUACACAGGAGAGUGUAAAACGAAACUCGGUUUCGCUAAAACAGCUCUGGAGAUUUUCAUGAUCUGAAAUAAUGGAGAAAAUAAGAAAAAAUAUUUUUUCGAUUUGUGAAACAAAACAGACUAGUAUAUUUCCAUUAGUAUGAAAAGAAAGGAAAACUAGAAACUACGAACUUCGAUGAGCGACCAAUAUCGUAAAGACAAGGUGAAAACGUUAAAAAUAUUGUAUCUUGAUCAUUUUAACGUUUUAUUGUUUUGUAUGUACAAGCCAAUUGUCAACUUGCUCAUGUUUAGAAUUUAUUUAUAGUUAUAGGGUCAAUAGCAUGUCAGACGUGGUGACUUAGAAAAUUUUGUGAUUCAAUAAAGUGUGA